AUGGAUCUAGGCACCGCUACUAUCGCUGGCGCUGCCGUCGCUGCUGCUGCAUACAUCGAUGGCAAACUCCAGGUUAGCAAAGAUCUGCGGGAUCUUUGGAACGUCAAGAGAGCCCAGUUCGAAUGGAACCGAGCAGUCAAGAGAGGAGAAGCCUCACUCUGGUCCCAAUUCGAGCAACAAGUAGAACGUCUACCUGCCUCGACACGAUGCAUCUGGUCCAGAACGGGGUGCUAUACCUGGUCAGAGACUCACGUGCAAGCCUGCCAGUAUGCAGAGUUUUUCCUGAGCAAAGGAGUCCGGUCCAGUGAGCCAGUUGCCAUAUAUCUCCAAAAUUCGCCAGAAUUCAUGUUCACCUUACUUGCCACAUGGGGUCUCGGCACAGCCCCGGCAAUGAUCAAUUACAAUCUUACUGGUGAUGCGCUGCUACAUUGCCUCAAGAUCAGCAACAGCAAAGUCCUUGUUGUAGAUGAGGAUGCUGGGUGCCGCCAGCGAGUCGAGCAGUGCCGUGAGAGAAUCGAGCAAGAACUUGGUAUCCAGAUUAUCGUCCUCGAAUCGUCGACAAAGGCAUCGAUCGCUGCAAUCAGCCCAAAAAGACCAGAGUCGCAUUACAGAGACCACGUGAAUGGAGAAACACCUGUCUUGGGAAUCUACACCUCGGGUACGACUGGUCUUCCAAAGGCAAGUCAUUUUCACCUCGAAAGAAUCUGGUUCUUGGGUGACUAUCGUCGACGUCUAACGCAUCAAACCUCGGGCCCAAACGGAGACGUGUUUUACAACUGUAUGCCCUUGUAUCACGGCACUGGCGGCGUGCUGGCUGCUGGUUGCAUGGCGUCUGGUAUGACACUGGCCAUUGGGCGCAAAUUUUCAACUUCUGGGUUCUGGGACGAGAUUAGGGAUUCCGGAGCCACUGCUUUCGUCUACGUGGGAGAAACCGCACGGUAUUUGCUCUCCGCACCACCCUCGCCCCGAGAUAAAGAUCACAAAGUCCGUCUAAUGCAUGGCAAUGGUAUGAGACCAGACGUCUGGAGGAAAUUCCAAGACAGAUUCGGCGUGACAGACGUCAUGGAGUUCUUUAACAGCACUGAGGGUGUCUUUACUCUGAACAACUAUAGCCGGAACGACCAUUUCGCAGACGCAGUCGGACAUCAUGGAGCAAUCUUCCGUACGGUGUUCAAGAACACAUAUGUUCCAGUGAAGUUGGACUACGAGACAGGUGAGAUCUGGCGUCACCCGAAGACCGGAUUCGCACAGCGCCAGCCGUACGAGGAAGGCGGAGAGAUGUUGGUCAAGGUCGAAGAUGAGAAUGUUUUCAAAGGGUACUGGAAUGCACCCGAAGCCACAGCAAAGAAAUAUGCCAGGAAUGUCUUCGCGAAAGGGGAUUUGUAUUACAGAUCUGGCGAUGCACUACGAAGAUCCUCAGAUGGAAAUUGGUUCUUCAUGGAUCGUCUCGGAGACACCUUCCGUUGGAAGGGCGAGAACUGUAGCACGGCUGAGGUUGCAGAGUGCCUAGGCAGAUUUCCGUCCAUCAAGGAAGCCAAUGUCUAUGGCCAUGAUGGUAGAGCAUGUUGCGCCGCCAUAUACAUCGAGCCAACAGAUCGUGCUUCGUUCGACUUCAAGGCUUUCCUAGCUCACUCGCAACGAUCGCUUCCCAAGUAUGCUGUCCCACUAUUCUUGCGAUUCAUACAAGACGACCAAGCACACACCAUGCACAACAACAAGCAGAACAAGACGCAACUCCGCCGUGAGGGCGUAGAUCCCGAGAAGGUCUCUCAUGGAACCGCAGGCUCCAAGGACACGCUUUACUGGCUACCACCAAGAGGCAACACUUAUGAGCCAUUUGGCGAGGCAGAGUGGCGCAGUAUAGUAGCAGGCAAGGCAAAGUUGAGUGUGCUAGACGAGGAUGGGGCAACAGCUGCGUCCAAAGAGAUGCAAGGUACCAGUAAUGUCGAGGGUAGCUAA